GUGAUCCAGCUUGUGCCAAUGGAGGCAGCUGUAUUGCGCCAAAUUCAUGCAAGUGUCGUGUUGAAAACACAGGGCGAUUUUGUAAAAAAAGUACAUGUUCACACAAAAAACCAUGCUUUCCUGGAAGAUGCGACGACUCAUCUAUGACUAUAUGUGGCUGCAUAAAUGGUUUCACUGGACCAACAUGCUUAAACAUGACGUCUUCCCAGCAACCACAUAUAACUCAUGCGUCAACGACAAUGAAAUAUAUACCAAGAGCCGGAAAAUUUAAAAAUCAGUUAAUGUACUGGUUUAUGUCAGAUGCUUCUGAACCAAACACAACGAAGCCAGAUCAUCGAUGGAUACAUUUCAAAAAAUUCAACGAACUAGAGUUUUUAGUUGAGGCAAUGUACGUUCCACCAAAUAUACCUAACCGGCCAUAUUAUCUCAUAGAUUAUAAGUUUGGCAUUAUAUCUGGAAACGUCAGAGCUAUAGUUUCAAAAGUGCCAAGACCAGGUCAAAAAGUAGAUAUUGCCUUCAAUCAUACUUAUCCUCUUAAGGGUGUUGAUUCCAUGAAACCCGAACCUAAUGUGGCUGUACUAAAUUAUACUGACACAAGCUUUGCUAUCAACAUAGAACAUGGAGACAACCUUACAAUAACAGCCACAGUCAAUAGUGGUGGAUUCGCAAAAUUAAAAGACGUUAGUACAGGUGCAUACUAUUCUACUUCAAUAUAUGAAGGUCAAGAAUCACAGAAAGUCAUGGUUUUUCAUUUUGACUUUGAACCAGCAAACCAUUGUUCAGAAAAAAAGAACAAAUGCUCCUACGAACCUAUAAAUAUUGGUCCGGAUAUUACAAAGCAUAAACUUCAUAUAUCAUGGGAUGGAUGGAAAGAUGAACUAGCGGGAAUCUUUAGAUAUAAUUGGGAAAUACAUCAUAUGAGAGCUGAUGCUCUAGGAAAUUUGACCGAAGUCUCACAAAUGGAACCUCUGUACUCAAAAGCCAUGUUUGAGGAAAAAUAUAAGCCAUUUAUUUACACUCCACCAUCACCUGGAAUGUAUUCCAUAAUUCUAGAUGUAGCAGAUAAGGCAAAUAACUCAAGGUUCGCAAGACAGUUCGUGCUGUAUGAUCCAGUGUCCAAUAUAACAACCGAUGAAACAUUUAAGCUAUACGUUUCAAGCGCCGAACGAGAAACACAUUACCACUGGCAGUAUGAUGUACAAAAUCAAACUCACUAUGGUCCUCCGAUUCAAGUUUCUUGGAAAGGACAUUUCAGAAAUAAGUUCCACGAAGACAAUCAGUUGUUGAAUUCUAUUAAUUCAUUCCAUGUUACAGCAAUGGAUGGGAUGUACCAUAAAGAUGUAAAUAACGAACUAGACGAUGUGAGUGGGAAAAGAACCCGGAAAGCGAUUCCUAAUAUACAUGGAAUUGUAUUGUUUGAGAUUGCAUAUGCUGUUGAUCACGAAGGCGGAAAGACAAUCACAAAGAUACCAACGGCAAUUACCAGUUGGGAAAAUGUAAACAACUUUGAACAUGAAAAUCAAACAAUAGACGUUAAACGAAGCAAUGGAGAUACUGUGCGUAUCUGGGUUCGAUCAACAGACAUCAUGGGAAAUAUCAAAGUAGAUAGUACUGUAGUUCAUAUUGACACUACCCCACCAACAAUAUCUCCAUUUAACCUAGAUAUAAAUGUCGACAGCUCUAAAUUUGAUUUUGCAAGCAGGGCAGUUAUUAGUACCGAAGAUGGAGAAAGUGGAAUCGAUAAAAUUGAAUGGAGAAUUAAAGAUGAAAAGACAGGCAAAGUUUUCAAAACUGGCAAAUUAAGUGGAAAUAAAACAAGUGAAAAACCUGGAACUUUUGGCAGAUGUAUACCAAUGGGUGAUUGUUACUUUUUUAAGCAUACAAUUGACAUAAAUAAUUGCUGGAUGAUUGUUCCGAAGGCCAACUUGUCAAGUCAAAAUUUAACACUUGUGGUCGACGUGUAUAAUAUGGCAAUGAAAUCAUCAACUAAAAGGAAACAGAUAUCUAAUUUAAUGCAGUUUCAUGGAAUGGAAAGUUAUGCAGGACCAAUGAACUUAAGAAUAGAUAAGAUAUAUUCUAAUGGAGUAAAACUUAAAUGGACUAAAGGUAAAAGUUGCUACGACAUACAAGGCAUACUUGUUACAUUUACUAACAAUUCAGGAUAUCAGGAAAACAGGACUGUAAGUAAGGACGCUGAUUGGAUUGACAUCAUUGGUUUCAACACCAAUACCAACUUUUCCAUUAAGUUUGUGACAAUUUAUGAAGAGGACUCCAGUGAUCCAGUUUAUAUCAAUUAUGUCCCAGCUUCUGAGGAACAAAGUUCAAAUGCUGCAGUCAUUGGUGGAACUAUUGGCGGUUUACUGUUUCUCCUGUUAGUAAUAAUCAUUAUAGUAGUACUAUGGAGAACUGGACGACUUUGUGAACCACGUAAACAGCAUCAAGACAACGAUAAAGCAUAUGCUUAUUCGUCUGGUUUGCCAGACAAACACCAAGUUAAUAAAUUGACAGAAUACAAUAAUAAAACUUAUGCGACUGAUGAUGGAAUGGAAGAUAUUUACUUGUAUGGGGGAAUGAAAAUUGAUAAUCCUACAUGGCUUAUACCACAUACUAAAAUAGUCCUUGAAGAGAAAAUAAACAGCGGUAGAUUUGCUGAUAUAUUUAAAGCUAGAUAUGACACCAAACAGAAUGACAUGACAACUGUUGUGGCCAAAACAUUACAAGCAAACUACAAUGAUGAUACUAAUCUGGUUAUGAUGGCAAAAAUUAACUUCUUUGCAACAAAAGUCGGCAAACAUCGAAACAUUCUUGGAUUCAUUGGAGCUGUUACUGACAACACUCAUCUUGGACCUUAUAUGGUAUUGGAAUACUGUGAGGAAGGAAAUCUUAGAGACUGGCUUUUAAAAAAGAAGGAUAAAAUAGGAGAUGAAAUGAUAGAACAAUUGUUUCAGAUUGUUUUCGGGGUAGCAACUGGAAUGGAAUACUUGGCUUCUAAACAGAUUGUUCAUCGGAGACUGGCUGCUAGGAACAUUUUACUUCCAUUUACAUUGAUACCGAAGAUUUCUGGAUUUGGGCCAACAUCAAAUGAUGAGACAAAAGAUAAGAAUGAUAUAACAAAGGAAAGAGUACCAGUAAAAUGGAUGGCACCAGAAUGUACUUUGUCUACAGUAAAUGCGAACACAAAGAGUGACGUUUGGUCAUAUGGAAUUGUUAUGUGGGAAAUUCUAAGUUUAGGCGAAACUCCAUAUGGAGGAAUUUCCAGUCGCAAUGUUCCAGACAGAAUACAGAAUGGACACAGACUUGACCGACCUGAGUAUAGCACAGAUACGCACUACAAAAUAAUGAAAAAAUGUUGGAGUCUUAAACCAGGAGAUCGUCCAUCAUUCAAAACCAUUGUGAAGGAGUUCGAUAGCACAUUUAAGACAACCCCAUCUGAUGCUUACUAUUAUGAAAUGCAGAAAUGAACAACGAUUUUUUUUUAGGGUAGACACACAUACAGCUUCCUUCAUAAAUGUUAUAGACAUUUAUUUUUUUAUGUUUUUAUCUAAAUCAUUCAUAAAUAUUUUCAGUUGUAACGAAGAACACAUUAGAAAUU